UUUUUUAAUCAUAACUCGGUACAUUCAAGCAAAGAUCACUCACGACCGGUUCAUUAUCGCAUCGAGAGUUGCAUAUAUCUUACCCACCAGCUUGUUUUGGCGAGACACAAUUAUUUUGCAAACAUACAAAACAGCACUGCCGUUCAUUGCUGCGUUCGGAAAUGAUCGUUACGAUACUUUUAUUACUUAUUACUAUUGUCAUUAUAGCAUUUACUUUUGAUUUUUAUGUGCAUCAUAAAAAAGCCGGACAAUUGCUCGAUCAAAUACCAGGACGAAAAGGUGUUCCCAUUCUGGGCAAUAAACUACAAAUAUAUCUGCCACGCGACAAACUUUGGUUGUUUUUUUGUAAUAUGAUGGACAAAUAUUAUCCUAUUACUAAAAUUUGGGCGUUCCAUAUACCUGUGGUAUCUAUCCGUCAUCCAGAUGAUCUCGAGGUAACAUUAAACAAUACGAAGAAUAUAGAAAAAAGUAUCUUAUACAAAAUUUUGAUUCCUUGGCUAAAUACUGGACUUCUUACCAGCGGAGUGUACUUCUUUUUGGAAGCCAUAACUUUCUUCCAGAGAUCUUUCCACUUUUGGAAACACUCCUCAACUUUCGGACGUACGCUUCCAAUUAUUGAGUACUGUGUACUGGAGCAUAUAAUUCAUUAUACAUUUAUUACGAUGAAAAAAAAAGUAUCGUAUUGUAAAGUCGGAAAAUAUAUAAUUCUACACAUACACAAACUUAAAGAUUUUCUCAAGCUGAUAAAGCCGUAUCACUUAUUCAUUGUAAGCUCACGAGUUUGCAAGUGAGAUCUAAUGUAAAUAUAUAUGUCUCCGGUCACAUAUGAAUAGCAAUUAAACCGUGCCGUGCGACAAAUUUUUGUUCUGUCUAUUCAUAAUUUUGAUAAUGUCAUAACAAAAUGUGAAUUUACUCCGAAAUUUGCUGUUAUCGAUUGAGCGCAUAAAGAAAAAGGAAACAUAUAAAACGGA